CCUGUAUCAUAGCUUAUCUGGUGACUAACUAUAUAGCUAUUAUAGCUACCUAUCUACAGAGAUAUCCAUCAACUAUCUUGCUAGUUAGUGUAUGAUUUGCUAGCUAGCGCCCUUUAUUAGCUACCUAGCUAAACGUGCUUUGUUUUGUCUAAGUAAAAUCAAUGGACGAAUGAAUGAACCAACAAGGCGAUAGGGGCAGGGGCCGUGGUGGCCGGUUCGGCUCACGUGGAGGACUGGUGCAAGGGUAUCGGCCAUUUGUCCCCCACAUUCCCUUUGACUUCUAUGUGUGUGAGAUGGCCUUCCCCAGAGUAAAGCCAGCAGCGGAUGAGACUGCCUUUAGCGAGUGUCUACUGAAGAGGAACCAGGACCUCAGUCCUACACCCGCAGAGCAGUCCUCUAUCUUGUCCCUGGUCACCAAGAUCAACAACGUCAUCGACAACCUCAUCGUCGCCCCCGGCAACUUUGAAGUGCAAAUUGAAGAGGUACGUCAGGUAGGCUCAUACAAGAAAGGCACCAUGACAACGGGACACAACGUCGCUGACUUGGUGGUCAUCCUCAAGAUCUUGCCCACAUUGGAGGCUGUCGCAGCUCUCGGCAACAAAGUGGUGGAGACCCUUCGCACACAAGACCCUGCUGAAGUUCUCUCCAUGCUGACCAAUGAGACAGGCUUUGAGAUCAGCUCUGCCGAUGCCACAGUGAAAAUCCUCAUCACCACCGUUCCCCCCAACCUGCGCAAGCUGGACCCCGAACUGCACUUGGACAUCAAGGUGCUGCAGAGUGCUCUGGCCGCCAUCCGCCAUGCCCGCUGGUUUGAGGAGAACGCCUCCCAAUCUACGGUGAAAGUGUUGAUUCGCCUGCUGAAGGAUCUGAGGGUGCGUUUCCCCGGGUUCGAGCCUCUCACCCCCUGGAUCCUGGAUCUACUGGGUCAUUCUGCAGUCAUGAAUAACCCCUCCAGACAGCCCUUGUCACUCAAUGUGGCUUACAGGCGCUGCCUACAGAUGUUAGCCGCUGGACUUUUCCUGCCAGGCUCAGUAGGCAUCACUGACCCCUGUGAGAGUGGAAACUUCCGGGUGCACACCGUCAUGACCCUCGAGCAGCAGGACAUGGUGUGUUUCACUGCUCAGACAUUGGUGAGGGUGCUCUCUCAUGGAGGGUACAGGAAAAUCCUGGGCCUGGAGGGUGAUGCCAGCUACCUGGCUUCGGAAAUGUCCACCUGGGACGGCGUGAUCGUCACACCCUCCGAGAAGGCCUACGAGAAGCCGCCAGAGAGGAAGGAAGAGGAGGAUGAGGCGCUGGAGGAAGGAGGAGAUGUUGAGGAUGAAAGCAUGGAGACACAGGAAUGAGAAGGACCCGGAAGGUGGUGAGCUGCCAGAGGAUCCUGUGCCACGUCUUUUAAACAAUCGUUUACCCCUGACCCUUUUGGAAACCCUUCACUCGCCCAUUUGUCCUUCAUUGAAGUUCAUGUCCACUAAUCAUGAAUUGACUGCAUUGACCUGGACCAAAGUGCGCCAACUGGACGGACAGACUUGCAUAUAGACUGUUACUGGUCCCUCAACGCCCUCAACAAAAAUUCAAUUCAUGAUCUUCUCAAAAGGGGCGGGUGUCACUAUCAAAUUGUAUUCCGUGUGUUUGUGUGGUUUUUACUUUGUAACAGCAAUGAUGACUAAAUUAAACAGCUUCUUUAUUUUAAUCUGCUUCUUUAUGUAAAUGUAUACAUUUAGAAAUGCAUAUCCCUAUUUUCAAAUGUGUGGCUAGAUGGAUGGGUGGAAUACAUAUGCCCCAUGCUUGUGUGAAUACGCAUACUUCAUUUUUAGAUCUGGUCAUAGAAUGUGUAAUUACCUCCACAGAACCAGUCUGUACCCCAAAUUUGACAAACUUGUUAAUGUUUUAUUUGAUACUUUAUUGAAGCACAGUUCAAAUUAAAUGCUGUUUUGCAGUUCAGAUUUAAGAUA